UUCACCCGACAGCUGCCCUGCCAUCAUGGAUCUGAAGGUUGCGUUUGUGAUUGUCUGUCUGAGUGCUUUGGCCAUCAGCUCUACUGACGCUGGCAUCCCAAAAUGCUGCAUCGGUGUAAUAGAGAAGCUCAAUCCAAGACGCCUUCUCAAAGUUGAACGGUGGUACUUACAGGAGGACACCGGUGCCUGUGACAUCAGUGCACUGCUAGUGUACGUAGCGGGCAAGACGACUCCGAUAUGCAUCAGUCCUAAAUGGAAGCCAUUUCUUGAAAAAAUUAUGAGGAGACGUCAGCAAAUGGGGACGAAGGACAGAAACUAACAGACGAAUCAGAAUGUCUCAGACACUUGUGUAAUACAAUUUUACAUUUAAGGUUAAAAGCAUGACCAUGAAUAUGCAAUAUGUUAACAUUAUGAAAAGCAGAUUUUAUACAUUAGCUUUGAAAAAUGUGAUUUUUUUAAGCAGAGUUCUCAGGCCCAGCUUUUACAUUAUAAUUUGAAUAUUGAAAACGUGAUACUUAUUAUUAUGGUGAUUAUCAUCAAUAGAAAAAUCAUGAAUCAGAUUUUUUUUAUUUCGUCAGCUCUAUGCAACCCUGAAGCUUUUUUUUUUAAUUAAAAAGCUUAUAUUUUUAUAUUUUAUAUUGUUUAUUUUUUGUACAAAGGAAUUACUGGAGAUCUGUGUUGUGUGUCUGUAGUGCAGGAUAUUGUUUUUGUUUUUCUUCUGGAUAAUUGAACACAUAUACUACUGCACUAAUAUUGCUUUCAUAAAUAAACGAAAAAAGAAAAAUCA